CCAUAUACAGUAUGUACAGUAUUAGUAACAAGGGGAACCCACCAACCUCCUUGUAAUCUCCUAAAUUUCAUUUUCAUCUUCCUUUUUCCAUUCUCCCUUUAUUGCAUAUUUUCAGAAGUUCUUAUAUCCUUACCCACUGUCUUUUUUCUCUUCACCUCCCCUUCCCUUCUGUUCCAUUCCCUGGUGAUGGCACAGAAUUAUCAACAACAAGCUUUUGACGGCUGAGGAUGAAGCCCGAAUCAACCAGGUACAGGCCAGGUCAUUAGCAGCAGGCAUGGCCGCCGUGCCCCGCCAAGCCCGGGUGUUGAACCUGAGACCAAGCCAGAGUGAGGGCAGUGUCAUUCCUCCUGUCCACUACCUCAACUUCUACUCCCAACACUACCACAACAAUGAGCGGUCUGGUGUGGUGGCUGAGGAUUCUUUUGAAGAGGACAAUGCUUCUGCUUCAUCUGAGCAGGUCAGAAGGUGGAUAGCAGCAGUACUAGUAGCAGACUGGUGUUACCUUGAUGCUACUGCUACAUUGCAUUAUUUGCAUAGUUUUUUCAGUUGUCAUGGACUUUGUGUAAUAUGUAUAAAAGUAUAUGAAGCUCAAGAAACUUGUUGAUAAGGUUUAUGUUCAGCAUACAAAUUGUAGGAUGCAAAGACAAGGAUUGAA